UGCAACAUAUUGCGAGAGUAUACAGAUAUCGAACAGCGAAUCAUCUCCAUCAUUCUGCGCAAAUAUGUGUUGUAAUAUUAUGAACUGAAUCGUCUGGACAAAUGUGUCAAAUAUUUUACAAAAGAAAUUUUAUUUUCAUAUUCAGUCAUAUUUUUUGAAAUCUUUUAUUUUUCACACGUUUAUUGCAUAACGGGUUAAUGGAUUCUCUUCCUAAGGGUCAUUUUACUUUGCAGCAGUUGGCGAAUAUUGCGCUUGGUGGAGAGCAAUUGACCGGAGUCAAUACCGUGGUAUUACACAGCUUGUUGGAUCUGCUAUUGAAGAAGUUAAAUUGUGAAGACGAAAAAGUGUCGAUAAGUGGCUAUGAAGCCAAGCAAAUAGAGAAAAUGUUGCACACGACUUCUAUUUCGCCAAUUAUUUUCAAGGAGGAGAGUUUCGAUGUAGUUUUAGAGAAAUUUGAAAAUGUAGACGAGAUGGAGAAGCAGCUCCAUGAAACCGAAGAAAAAUUAAGUGAUCAUUUAAUAGGCAUUCGUCGCUUUUUGAAAAGGUUUGACACUCUAGAGCCAUUUCGCUUCGACGAUGACGAUUACUAUGAAUUAUGCGAGGAUUUGUGCAGUACACUCGAUCCAGAUGUGAAAACUGCUUGUGAAACACUAGCCAGAUCUACGUUUUUGAAGACCAUAUUGAUGCGCAUGUGUCAUCCAAUCUUAAAAGCUUACCAUGCAAUAGAAAAUAAACUAUGUGUGCUUGAGGGUGAGGUAUGUGCAUUAAUGAAACGCUUGGAUGAAACAUUUGAUAGUUUUCAACUUGUCGGGGUGGUACAAUCAGAGUUUGAGUGGUGUCGCGUCGAAUUAGACAGGGUGCAUAGCAGCUUUUUUAAAGCUCUGAAUGAAAUACAAGAUAUACUCGAUGCAAAGGUAAACAAAUAUCAAAUGCUACAGCUAAAAGAGUAUGUAACCGAACAUCUAGACGCCGUUUGGAUAAAAUUGAAUAAACUGCGCAUUGAAGGUCGUUGCCAGAGGGCUUUCGCUGUUGUUAUCGAUAAAGAGACACCGUCUUCUACGGUGCCCGCAAAGAAAAAUGUUAAGACCUCGUGCGUUUGUGAUGGUGUUCAUCUGCAAUUAGCCAAAGAACAGAAGCUACUUGAACGCAUGCGACGUAUAGACAAUAAAUGUGUGGAAAUACUUUUGGAAACCCAAUGGCGAAAGUCUAAUGUAGGGCCACCCAUAAAAAUUACACAAACUUCAUAAAAGCAUAUCAGCUCAACCUUAAAUGUUCUCCAUCAAACUAUUAAAUAGACUUGUAACGACUGCCCAAGUCCCCAAUUUAAGACAGACUUAUCAAUGUAAUGCAAAUAACAACUAAUGUUUUUAUAUACAUGCAUAAAUAUCGUAUUUAAUUGGUCGGGUUCUUAGUUAAUAAAAGAUACAGUUCCUAGGUAAUAUCACUGAAAAAUUUCCGUCAAACAAAAAUUGUUUGAGAGAAAAUGAAAUUAAAUUUUGUAUAUUUUUUAUACUCUUGCAACAUGUUGCUACAGAGUUAAUAUAAUAUAUGUAGUUUCAUUUAUCUAACGGUUGUUUGUUUCACCUGAAACAAAUCGAGAUAGAUAUGGAAUUAUAUAUAUAUAUUGGAUCAAGAUGACGAGACAAGUUGAAAACCGGGUAACUGUGUGUCCGUCACGCACGUAAACAAAAACAUAUAAAGUGCCAUAACUAAGCACUAAGUUAAGAUACAAAUAAGUAAUUUGAUACAUGGAAUCGCAAGAGGAAGAGAGAAACCAGUGGGCUAAAUAUUUUGCAAAAGUGAACGUGGCCGUAAUCCCUAAAUAGCUAAAUUUACAUAUCCUGCAAACCGCUAAAGCUAACUCAAACAAACUUAAUAGCAAGCAGUCUUUUCAACACUUAUCUAAAUACUAAUAUAUAUAUUAAAUGGUUAAAAUCAAAAAAUAACCACGCCCACUCCCCAUAGAACGGUUAUGUAGAAUACUACUAACUAUAUACGAUUAUAUAAAAGCUCGAUAACUCAACGAAUAAAUACGCCACAAUAAUUAAAUUUUAAAAAUAGGACAAUGGGCGUGGCACCACCCACCUUUACGCGAAAUUUGGUGAAAUCAUAUAUCUCAGGAAUUACUCAACCAAAUUUGGUGCGUGAGGUUAUCUAAACAUACAGUACACAAGUCAAGCAUCAGUGAAGUUAUCAGAUUAAACUUCGCCCAAAUUGUUAAAGGUAUUUCAUCAGAUGCCCAAAAAUUGUCGAAACCGGAAUAAAACUUUUUAAGGACACACAAACCGAAUAAAUGGAUCCCAGUGCAAAUGGUGUAUUCUCUUACGAGCAUAUCGGUCAUUCUGUGAGAUCUGAGUAAAAUCGGGACAAUAUAUUUCAUGGCGCUUUUAUAACAAAAAUAAUUAUAUAAGAAUUUCAAACUUCCUGUUGGCUUUGUACCGUAUAUAUCCGUCAAUAAAUAACCGUAUUAAUAUAA